GUUUGAUCGGAUGACGUCAAACCCCGCCGUUGUCGACACACAAAGCGGCCGCUUUGCUUUGGUGGUUGCGCCGCGUCGAGUCUCGCCGCUUUCGCCCGCGAUGUUGAAGCGCUGCGCCCGCUGAAGCCCCGUCACGUCGAGGAGCCGAGCCCCCACCGCCGCCGCUGCUACUGCUGCUGGAGGAGGACGAGGAGACGGCAUCUCAUUCGCACAAAACAAAUGGCGGCAAACAAAGCCAAGGGGCAGAAUGCGGCCCUGCACAAGGUGAUCAUGGUGGGGAGCGGCGGCGUCGGCAAGUCGGCGCUCACCCUGCAGUUCAUGUAUGACGAGUUUGUGGAGGAUUACGAGCCCACCAAGGCUGACAGCUACCGCAAGAAGGUGGUGCUCGAUGGAGAGGAGGUGCAGAUCGACAUCCUGGACACGGCCGGGCAGGAGGACUACGCCGCCAUCCGAGACAACUACUUCCGCAGCGGCGAGGGCUUUUUGUGCGUCUUCUCGAUCUGUGAGCACGAGUCGUUCGCCGCUACCCUUGAGUUCAGGGAGCAGAUCUUGCGCGUCAAGGAGGACGACAGUGUGCCGUUCCUGCUCGUGGGGAACAAGUCGGACCUGGAGGAGCGACGGCAGGUGUCGUCCGAGGAGGCGCGGGCACGCGCUGAGCAGUGGCGGGUCAGCUACGUCGAGACCUCGGCUAAAACCCGUGCCAACGUCGACAAGGUGUUUUUUGAUCUCAUGCGGGACGUCCGGAAGAGGAAGAUGGACGAGGGGAAGGACAAAAGCGGAAAAGUGAAGCCGAACAAGAGCCUGCUGCAGAGACUGCGAGAGCGGUGCUGCUUGCUGUGAGAAUCUGCAUCGCUGUCGGCCCGACCUUCAAAAGGACGAUUCCAACUAGAAACACGUAGCUCUUAUCUUGUAGAUACCUACUUUGGGUGUGUGUGUGCUAGGCUUCUGAAAUUAGUUUGAUGCAUGUUUUAAAGUGACUUUCAGAGCUCCCUUAGCAGUCUAGUGAUAUCACCGUGGUAUGACUGCUGUACUCUAUAAUACAGUGUCGCUGCAGUGACAUCACCAAAGCCCUAUAGUGGCACACUUGAAAGUCAUUUUUAAAUCUUUUUGGCAUUAACAAAGUUUCAAAUUCGUCUCGGUCAGCCCAGGACAUGCAGUGAAGGUACAAGUGUAUGACAUAAGAGCUAUUCAACUCGUUGGUUUUAUUGUGUUGCAUUUUUCUAUGAACCAUAACCAUGGGCCAUUUCACCAUAUCCCAGCCUCUUCAACCAUUCUCUCAAUGUUUAUCAUUCAUACCCUAAUGAUAAUUACUUUAAAUCCACCUCGCCUAGCAAUGCAUACAUUCCAUUGGAGUUAACUAUCCUGGCUGGGAAUUUCACCGACCCUUCUUGGCAAGCCACGUAAAUAUCAUCUGCAAUUUAUCUCUGCUCUAUAAUGUCUGCCGAAGCACUCCGUGAGACGCUGACACGAUUGCACAUGAACCCACGUCCUGGCAUGGCUGAGUCCCUCAUGCCAUUCAAGUUACAUUUGUUUAUUGUGAAUAUGCGAUUUUUUUUUCAUAUCACGUAAGGAACACAAACUGGAAAACAAAUUGUCAAUACACGCUGCAGCAAAAUGCAUAAACAAAAAUGUGACUUUUGAAUGCGCCAAUGUUUAUGUAUAGCAGGUUAAUUAUGGUGUGUUCAUGUGACUAUCUAAGAGCUUAUGGUUGUCUAUUGAGGAGAGGAACAGGUAGCACAUUCCUGCAGUGGCCUCAUUGGCAGCAAAUUGCAUUGAUAGCCUCAUGUAGGUGUCGAGGUGAUAUGUGGGAUUGUGAAAGUGUUCCAAUCCAGAAGGCCUUGUCUCGCCAAUAAUCAAAAGAUCCCCACAACUGAGAUUGGUGGGUUAAGCUUGAGAUUUUUUUAAAGCAAUUCAAGUGGCUUUGAGGAAGUUGUGCAAUGUUUCGGUUGCUCAGCACACCCGGCAAAAUUCGUAACGAGAAAAAUAUCAUUACAGUAAUGCCUUCACAAUGAGAAAUCGCUUCCAAGUUGCUUCAUAUCGCUUGUGAGUGAAUCAUGUAGCCCCGUCAAGGGAACAUCUUGAUGCAUGGAUAUUGAUGUCAUUCUGACCACAGGAAGCAGCCCACCCAUCUACAGUGCGUUGUGCUGCGUAGGUGCUCUUGUGAUGUUUCUUGUGUAAAAAGAAAUGGGAAAAAUCGCCUGUUGAAAAUGGUCACAAGAAGUGUUCACUGUUUUGUAUUUGUGGGAAGAAGGUAAUUUGCCUUUACUGGAAAGUGGUCUUUUGUAAAAUGCACACUUUGCCUUUUCAGGUUUGUGGGCUCUCACUCACCUUCAGCCCAAGCAGGCAUGUGACUUGCCUGCUAGUUCAUAUCAGAAUCUUUAUUUAGAAUCUUUAUUUAGACUGGAAGAAUCCAAUGAGCUAUGAAGCUCUUUUUCAUAUUAUACACAAUAUUUAACACCGCGUUGGAUUUUAGAUUCCUUUUUUGUUUGUUCAUGAACAUACUGUGUUUGUAAUGCUUUUUCUUCGUGAUUAGUUUUGUGGAUUGAGAGUGAAUAUUCUGGAGCAUUUCUUCAGCAUGUCCAGUCAAUGAACUUCACAGCUUGGUGUAGUGACAAACACUUGAGUCGGAGGCUGCUCGUGCUGUCAAAUGUCCAAAGGACAUUUUAAAUGUUUCCCAAACAGUUGACCAAGUUGGUUAAACGGAGCGUGUUAACACUUUGCAAAGUCUUGUGUGCUAGAGUGCCGUUUUGAAUGUUGUUUAAGACCAUCUCUGCAACAGGAAUUGCACUUGAUGAGAUUUGUGCAAAUAACUAUGCUUGUGCUUUAUAGUAAUCGUAUGAUGGAAUUAACACAAAUGUGCAAAAUAUAAUUACGUGUGGUUUUUGUUUGUGUCAAGAUGUAAUAAGGGGUAUUGUUGCAUAUCGGAUGACGGUCAAGUCAAAUUGUGUGCUGGAAAGAGCGUGGGACGCUGCUUGUGUCUGUUGCUGACCCCUGAGUUAAUGAUAGAAAUUUGACAUUCUCAUGGUGGAAGAUAGUCUCUAUAGGGCAACCACUGUUGAUUCACAAAGUGGGACUGUACCGUUUUGAUUAACCAAGGAGGGAUGGCACGUUACGUUGACCCUUGAGCAGGAUUUAAACUCAACGUUUCCGGUUCAGAGUCGAGCCUUCUGUAACUGGGCUACCUGACAAGAUUCCAACCAAAAUUGUCAACCUGUAGCCAGAUGCUGGUGGUUAGUUUUGAGCACACAUUUACAUGGGCAGCCAGAGGAAGCUGUCUUCUCAUCUCAUUUGUCUAAUUCACUGUAUUAUUGCCUAGAAUUCUUGUACAGUGUUUUAACAAUUUCGUUUACCAGUUUAUUUGGGGGGGGGGGGGGAAUAAAGAAUUUACAUCUGA